AUGAUCUCGAACAUUGGGGAAGAGAUCCUACAGCUGGACCACCGUCUGGACGUUGGUAUGAUACUGGAUCAGGCCAAAGUACCCCGAUCCCCAGGGUUCUUGUCCGUCGGGUCUCGCCGCUACCGGGAAUGGCAGAAUCUGGCAUUGGCAUCGACGGUGGAUACUCGAUCAGAGCCUCCAGAACAUAUGAAGGGCCCUGCAGAACCAGAAGAUCAACGACCAACGUAUCCCACACCACGAUCGAUACUUCGCCGCUCAGAAACCGCUGUCAUCGACAUAUAUCGAACGUUGAUAUCGACCCUAGAGACUCGAUCGAGGACGGGAAUUGACAACGCAGCCCAGAUCGAGGCAGGGUUUCCCAGUCCGGAAGGGGGCCAUCCAUUUACGCCACCGGAAAAUCCCAACGCCGAUCGAUACCGGAGCGGAUAUGCUGGGGGCGGUGGGAUAAGUGAGAGCAUGCCGGACCAGGUUAUCGAUCGGACUGGUACAAAGGAUAUCAAGCCGACGACGGAAUAUCAGACUGGGACCAAGGAUAUCGAGCCGAAAACGGGAAAUCCGAACUGUCAAGCCCGGAUCAAACUCGAAUCCGGCGAAGCCUUCGACGUAAAAUCCCCGAUCCACCCGACCGAGGGCGUCGAACUACAAGAUCCGUCGGCGGAAGGAGCAGCAGCGACCGCCCCACAGGAUGCCGAGGACGAUGAUGAGAUAUACUACCACGAGAGUGGUGAUCUCUCAGCUGAAGAUCGCGAGGGGAACCUCUCUGUCCUCCCCGAAAUUCCGAUCUCGACGACCGCAAAGGUCAGCAUCGUGGAUCUGCAGGAGAUCGAGAAGCUCCGGCAGAUCAUUUGGAAGAACCAGCACCGCCUGAUCGACACGCCCUACCUCGGGCGGCCAGGGGCGUCGUGUGUGACAUCGAUGUCAGAAACGCGAAACCGAUCGCGUUACGAUCCCGGAAAGUACCAACGACUGAUCAAGGGCCUCCUAGCAGCCGAGAACAUCCGACCUUCGACAUCGCCAUGGGCCUUACUAAUCGUGAUUGUCUGCAAGAGUAAUGGUGUAGAUAUCAGUUUGUGCAUCGACUACAAGCUAGUAAACAGCAUCACGAGGAUGAUGGUCUACCCUACGCCCCUGAUCAGCAAUUUGCUAGAGGACCUUGAUAAGGCGUUAUGGUAUUGCUCGCUGGAUACGGCCAGUGGCUUUUGA